UGGGAUACCGAUCCACACGAGUGAACGCAUCAGAUCAAAUCAAAGCAGCAUCUCUGUAAAACAGCGUUGACUUUGAGAAACAUCAGAGUGUUGUUCUAAAACAUUCGUGCUUUCAUUCAUUCAAGAGGAGCAGCGGAACAUCGGACUUCGACAUACGGAGAGUGGAGCGGCACGCUGCGUGUUUCACUGACUCUCCGUGAUUUUUCAAGCGGUUUUACACUUGAUAUAAAGCGGACAUUGAACUGACAGGCACGGCAAGAGCAAGUAACAAGCUGCUGCUUCAGAACAACUCUAUGAGUACAAAAAUGGAGCAACCGUUUUAUCACGACGACUCGUUCCUUUUGGGCUACGGCCACUCCGAUGCCAUGCUACACGACUAUAAACUCCAAAAGCACGGCAUGAACUUCAGUCUGUCCGAGCCUUAUCGGAACCUCAAAUCGGACCUGUAUCAGACCGGCCCCGCUGAUGUCGGGUCUCUCAAACUCGCCUCGCCAGAGCUGGAGAGGCUCAUCAUCCAGAACAGCAACGGGGUCCUGACGACGCCCACCCCGGGACAGUACGUCUACAGUCGGGGCAUCACCGAUGAACAGGAGGGCUUCGCUGAGGGUUUCGUCAAGGCUCUGGAUGACCUGCACAAGAUGAACCAGAUGCCCCCGCCCAACGUGUCGAUUGGAGCCGGUGGCGUGACGACGUGCUCGACGACUGCGUCCGUUUUCGGCUCCUCCCUGCAGUCUGAGCCUCCCAUUUACACGACGCUAAACGCAUACUGCCCAGCGCCGAGCCACCCGUCCGCUAACAUCAACUAUCUACCGCCCCACAUCCAGCAGAACCAACACCCGGAAAACACGCACGCGUUCCAGCGCUUCGUGGCGUUUAAAGAGGAGCCCCAAACCGUUCCGGACAUGCACAGCAGCGACGGCUCGCCUCCCAUGUCCCCGAUCGACAUGGACAACCAAGAGCGCAUCAAGGCGGAGCGCAAGAAGCUGCGAAAUCGCCUUGCGGCAACAAAAUGCCGCAAGCGAAAACUGGAACGCAUCGCGCGCCUGGAGGACAAAGUGAAGGUUCUGAAGUCCGACAACGCCGGACUGUCCAACACCGCGUCGGCACUUCGGGAACAGGUGGCCCAACUCAAACAGAAGGUCUUGAGACACAUGGACAGCGGCUGUCAGCUCAUGCUGACCAGCAAACUAGAAGCGUUUUAAACUGAACGUUGACUCUUGCAAACACAGAAAGAACACUGGAGAACUGUUUAAGCUCUACAACUGAACGGCACUGGGGGGGGGGUCACCUGGUUUUGGACAUUGUGAAAGGGUGUUUCCGGUGGUGCCGAACCCUCGUCCAGAGCGGCACGGACACUGAGCUCGCCAGAGCCGAGUACGAAGACGAAAUAUGGUUUUUGUCAUGAUCAAUUGUAUGUUGGUUCAUGCAAACGCAUAUUGUUGCGCAACAUUUCCUGAACUCAUUAUAAAUUAUUAUUCUAGUCGGGUUGAUCCUGACCUGUGUCAACAAUGUCACAAUGUUUACAAUGUGUUUUUUUUAUGUGUGUGCGCUGUUUAUUUAAGUAAAGAUAUUGAAAUAUAACUUUCUAGUGUGUUUGGCUUUUCUUUUCAUCUCGAUUUCUGUCUGUUAUGUAAGGCUGACUACCUUUAAAGAGGCACUGGGCCUCUUUCGGUGACGUCAGGCAGCACAUCCAAAUAUGGGCAUUUUUGGAGCCUCAUACGUCACUCCCCCGCCCACAGGCCCUGGUGGUGUUUCUGCUCCAGGUUUCCAAACUUAGACAAGAUCACUGUGUGUGUGUGUGGGAUGGACUGUUUGUUUCCAUAGAAUUUAGUCGGUUGAAUGGUUAAAAGGGCAAAAUGAUACAUAUCAACUAAUAAUCACAGCUUUCAGGAGUAUUAUAGGCAAAUACACGUUAUUGAACAAAAUAAUGAGGGCUAGUUCUGUUAUUUUAAUAACAGUACAUAUAAAAGUGUCACUGUUAUUUACUGAUUCUGCAUUGUCAGACUAACUGAAGACCAAAAUCAUGUUAAAACAAACACAUUUCAUAUAUAAAAGUAUGCAUAAAUAUAUACAGUAUGUAAGACACUAUUGUCUGCUUCAUAUCUUGUUGUUGGGGUUAUUGAUGGUUGUUAACUCCCUAAAUGAAGUUAUAAAAGACAUCAAUUCUACGUGAUCCUCAUGGGGAGGAUUUUUCACAUAAUAGACCAGAACAGAGUUAAUACAUAAUACAAUUAAGAUAACCGCAGGGUUUAGAAAAGGAUUUUAAACUUGAUUUCCUUGAAUUGUCCAGUAGCAAGACAUUAUUGACCCCAAUAAAACACAAGCAGCGUUUUGAUAAAGAUUACACAAUAGCCAAUAAAACUCUACAAAACAAAUAAUCACGAAUCCAGUAGAAAUGUCAGUUCAUCCAGCAGGACUUUAUUUGAUUGUUAGUUGAUUCAUAUUUGACCCCAUAUAGGGUUUCUUUUUGGUUUCCAAAUAAAUGUCAAUUUCAAUGAA